AUGAGCGACCCAGUCUCCCUUGCCGGGACUGCGGUCGGUAUCGUCUCGCUGGGCUUGUCCGUUUGCCAAGGUCUUGUUUCUUAUUACAGCACCUUCCGUGAUUAUUCCAAAGAAACGAAGAAUAUGAUACAGAAGCUCGAGGGACUCAAAGAUGUUCUUCAGGUUCUUGAAGACUUUUUUCAAAGUCAUGACGACCUGCGAACAGAAACUGCCGCAGUGAAGACUGCUAAGCGAAAUAUUGUCGCAUGCAAAAGGGGCCUGGGACAAUUGGAGGAUAUCAUGGAUAAGUGCAAGGCAUCACCGGUGAAGCCCGAGCGAGACUUCAUCAACAAGGCAUUAUAUCCUUUCCGGCGUGACACGAUCAAGGCAGUUCUCGAGCAUGUUGAGAGCCUACAAUCAAACCUGGACACCUCGAUCGAUGUUUUGCAGUUGCAAGAUUCAGAGAGGACAACAAUAUUGUGUGCUACUACAAAGCAGAUUGUGACCGAAUCGACGAUGAUCCAUAGUCACGUCAAAAAUAUCGACCAGACCCAACAGAAUAUCGAUUUGAGGAUUUCGGGCAUUGAGCAACAGCUUGGAGACAUGGACUGGGCCCAUUACGCGACACCCAUGAAGUCCUCAGUCACACUACUGUAUCUUUGA